GAAAGGGCUCAGCGGCUUUCUUCCCCUAUACAGACCGCCCAGGUGUAGGAAGUUAAGUUUGUAGUCCGGCGUUAGCCUGUCAUUCUUCCAGCACCAAAUUCAGGCCUACCUCCACAUGCUCAAAUGUAUGACUUCGUCUUACGCUCCGACUGCCCAGGUCACAAGCCAACAAGGUUCAUACCUCUCGUGCGUGUUCAAGUUGCUUGCGAAGAAAGACAAACUCAAGGCUGACCUGUUGCAUGCUGAAGACAGUGACCAGGCAGAGAAACUGAAGAAGCGGAUAGACAAGGUCAAGUUAAAGCCUUUCCAUUUCCAUUACAGUCAUCAAGGCUCGUUGGCGUGCGUGUUUCCUUGUCCUGCUUGCUCCUUCAUCGCUGAAAACCAAUCAGCAUGAUAUGACCUUAUUUACCUUGUAAGGUUGAGCGACAGCUUUCCUAAUAUUCCCGCUACCGUAGGGGAGUGGGUCUUGUCGUGUUUGAUUUUCACUUUUUUGCGGUUUUGGUCACCCCUUUUUAAUCAUCUUGUAUAGUGAUUA